UAAAUUAGUUGUUGUUCAUAUUUAGACGCGUGAUCAUCGUUCGCCUGCAACAGAUUGUGUUUUUCUUUGUUAUUUCGAGAUUUUUUUUUUAUUGAAUUUUAUUGGAUAUGUCGGAAGGUGCAUUUAAAAAUAUUGAAGAUAGCUUGCGGAAACAUUUACCCGAAGCUGAAUUAAAAGAAGUCAAACGGAUUUUAUACGGGAGAUCUGAUGACAAUGAAUUGAAAUUGGAGCCAAAAACGCUUGAUAUUGCGCAGAAAAAUAAUUUCGAAGUAAAAGCCUAUUCGUUCGAUGCAAAGUCAGAAGAACUCAGAAAACCGCGUAUCGUCCGGGUAGCAGCGGUGCAACAUUCAAUUGUUUUGUCAACCACGGAAAAAAUCGGCGCCCAACGCGAUGCAAUUGUUGAAAAAAUCACAAAAAUUGUUGAAGCAGCAGCCGCAUCAAAUGUUAAUAUCAUUUGUUUCCAAGAGGCAUGGACUAUGCCAUUUGCAUUUUGUACUCGCGAGAAACAUCCAUGGUGUGAAUUUGCUGAAGAAGCCGAAACCGGUCAAACCACCGUUCUUUUGCAAGAUUUGGCCAAAUUGUAUGGUAUGGUAAUAAUUUCACCGAUUUUGGAACGGGAUUCCAAUCACGGUGACACAAUUUGGAAUACAGCUGUUGUGAUAUCAAGUUCCGGAAAAUAUCUUGGUAAACAUCGUAAAAAUCACAUUCCAAGAGUUGGUGACUUCAACGAGUCAACAUAUUAUCUGGAAGGAAAUACUGGUCAUCCGGUAUUUGAAACCGAAUUCGGUAAAAUUGCUAUUAAUAUUUGCUAUGGUCGUCAUCAUCCACAAAAUUGGAUGAUGUUUGGCAUUAAUGGGGCCGAAAUUGUUUUUAAUCCAUCGGCAACGGUUGGUGCAUUGAGUGAACCACUGUGGGGAAUUGAAGCACGUAAUGCAGCUAUCGCCAAUAGCUAUUUCACCGUUGCCAUUAAUCGUGUGGGCACGGAACAUUUUUCAAAUGAAUUUACAUCGGCCGAUGGAAAGGCGGCGCAUAAAGAUUUUGGCCCAUUCUAUGGAUCAAGCUAUGUAACGGCACCGAAUGGCGUUCGAACACCGGGAUUGUCACGUGAUGAGGAUGGUUUAUUGAUAGUUGAAAUGGAUUUGAAUUUGUGUCGCCAAGUGAAAGAUUUCUGGGGAUUCCGAAUGACACAACGAUUGGCCGAGUAUGGUCGUGAUUUUAGCCGAGCUGCUGAAGACAAUUACCAACCACAAACGAUCAGUUGAGGAAAAAUCUUUCUAUAUUGUUUUUUUUUCAAUUGAAAUUUUUUAUUGUCAAAUAAAUAAAUAUACAUUGUUGAAAUGUUUAAA